AUGGGAGGCAUUUGUGCAGCGUUGGAGCAGUCAGCUCAGUCUCGUUGCUGGCCAGGGUGUCCAUGGUCUUCGUGGACUCCUUGGCCAUCUUCCGGAUCUCAAGCGGUGGAGAAGGCGGCAAGUCUUGAAGCUGAGGCGCCGUGCAAGCCGAAGCAAGAGACGUCCAAGCGCCAGCAGAAGAAACAGGUCUUGCGAGAUGCACGGCAAGAGAGGAAGGGCCAGAAAAAGCUUCAGAAACAGGUUGAGGCGUUGGAAGCAGCGUUGGCAGCGUUGGAUGGAUGCCUGAAAGAGCAUCUGGGUGACGUCGGACAUGACAGAGCGGACAGGGCGACGCGUGAUGCGCUACUGGAAGCAUUUGGGGCCACACGAUGCCAUUACCAAGAACUGCCACAUGUUCAUGGGCCUUGCCCUGCCGAAGGCUUGAGUCUCCUAGGCUCCUGCCUUCUUCGGCCGCAACGCUACAAUGCCAAAUUUCUCCCACAAGAAUAUUCACUUCUGCACAAAGUCUGGAGUCUUUUCCAUGGGGACACUAAGAGAUGUGGCGUGCUUGACAUCGGAGCUGGCAACGCUAACUGUGCGGUCCUAGCUGCCGCACUGCUUGGGUUAACAGUGAUCUGUGUCGAGCGCGAGUCCCCAAGAAAGGAGUUGCGUGCGGAGGAACAACUUCCGACGGCACUGAAGGGCAAAGUGAUUCGCAUUGAAGCAGACAUCGCUGACUUUGACACCAGUGCCCUAGCCAGCCUGGCAUGCAGACACAACUUGGACAGAUUCGUGCUGCUUGCCAAGCACCCUUGUGGGAUCGGCGUUGAUAGGUCCAUAGAGAUGGCCGUCCAGCUCCGAGCAUCCAGGCCGGCAAGUGGGCCGCAGCCACCAAAUCUGCUUGGGGUCGUUAUCGCGACCUGCUGCACCAACAAAUUGAGCUUGGACGAUUUCAGGGAGUCCAGAGUCGAGGAGUUCUGUGCCAUGUACGCUAACCCGACAAGGACAGACUUCAAGACUUUGGCUUUGGUCAGAGCAGUUGAAGUAAUGAGUCGUUGCAGUGCCUGGCGAAGUGCAUCAGCAAGCCUAGGUAAUGCAAUCACCAGCCAGCAAGUGUCUUGGGCAGAACUCUUCGAAGAUCAUCUGCAAUCCCUGCGUCUGAAGCGCUUGUCGACGGCCUUCGGCACCUCAGUGGAGGUGCGCUUUGCACCUCGGGAAUGUACGCUCCAGGAUAGGUGCCUCCUAGCUGCGGAGAGCGUGCCCGAGGCGAUUUACGCGUCCUCGGAUCCCGCGUUUCUCCAACAACUCGAGCGAGGCGUGCGGGAGCUCUCCGAGGCUGCGGGUGGUCCAUUGGACUGCAGGCCCAAGGGCCUCAAGUCCGCGAAAUACGAUUUCGACUACACCGACGACUAA